AUGGCGUUUGUUGUGCAGUGCUCACGCUCGAGCAUCAAGGAGCGGCAACGGAUAAGCACCAUUGUCACGAGUGUUAGGCUCCGUGGCGGUAGCUGCGAAACGCGUCGCUGCCUGCGAGUGCGGCGAGCGCAGGGCGUUCGUGAGCUUCGCAGUUGCAAGGUCGCUGCAAGUGCUAACCUAGGCAAUGAAACUACGAGCUUGAGUGCGGAUGCGGAGGCUCGUGACUCGAUUCGACUCGCGAUUCCCUCGAAAGGCGAGAUCCACCAAGCUGCGGUUGAGCUGCUGAAUAGCUGCGGCCUCGAAGUGGACCUGCGCAACCCGCGCCAAUACGUGGGUAGCAUCAAGCACUUUCCCGAGGUUGAGCUCUGGCUUCAACGCCCAGCGGAUAUUGUUCGUAAAGUUAAGGAUGGUACCUUGGAUAUUGGGGUUGCUGGUUAUGAUCUCGUUGCGGAAUAUAACGGAACUUCUACGGAUGUCGUCAUUGUCCACGACAGUCUCGGCUUCGGUAUCUGUCGUUUGGGUCUGGGAGUGCCAAUUCUCUGGACCGAUAUCCACAACAUUGAAGAUUUUCGCCGCUUUACAGAAUCUCGCUCACAACCCUUGCGCAUCGUGACCAAGUUCCCGAACCAGUCGGAAAUUUUCCUGGCAGCUCACGCCAUCCGGAACUAUCGACUCCUGUACCAGGAUGGUGCGUUAGAGGCCGCUACCCAGCUUGGCACCGCCGAUUGCAUCAUUGAUCUCAUCAGCAGCGGCGUGACGCUCCGAGAAAAUAAUCUCAAAGAAAUACCAGGCGGCACGAUACUUCAAUCGGAAAUGCAACUUAUCGGCAAUCGUUCCCGCCUAGCAGCGGAUCAAACUCGAUAUCCAUUUGCCGAGCGUCUUCGAGAUUUCGUGCGAGAGCUGAUCGAACGGAUGGAUGCCCAUUUCACUGCGCAGCAACACUACAAUGUCAUUGCGAACAUACGCGGUGAAAGCGCUGGUGACGUUGCUCGACGUCUUGGCGAGUUCACGGAUCUACGAGGCCUCGACGGACCGACCAUAUCGACCGUGAUUCCACCUCGAGGAGUCGCCCACGGCAUGUACGCCAUCGGACUGGUAGUGAAGAAGACGCAGAUAUACUCAGCUAUGAAGCAGCUGCGUCGAGUCGGAGGUAGUGGGGUUUGCGUCCUUCCGGUAACGUUUGUUUUUGAGGGUACAACGGAUCGAUGGAAGCGGCUGUGCGAGGAGCUGCAGAUUCCCUUUGAGAACGAUGAAUGGAAAACCAUGCCGCGACCAUUUUCUAGCGAUAAACUCUGA